UCUCCUCCGAGCGCUACCCGUUAACCAACCUCAAGGCGUUCUCGUCUAAAAUUAUUGUCUCACGUGCUUUCUGUUUAUAAAAGCUCUCCGUUUCCCUUCAACAUGUCCAGUGUGUCACCAGACAAACGGCGAAAGAUGGAGUCAGCGCUGGACCAACUGAAGAAAUACACCGUGGUUGUAGCAGACACGGGAGAUUUCAAUGCUAUUGAGGAGUACAAGCCUCAAGAUGCCACCACCAACCCAUCUCUUAUUUUGGCUGCUGCCAAGAUGCCUGCCUACCAACAUUUACUUGACCAGGCUAUAAAAUAUGGCAUUGCCAAGGACGGCAGAUCUGAAGAGGUCCAGGUGACCAACACCAUGGACAAGUUGUUUGUGAGCUUCGGCUUGGAGAUUCUGAAGAAGAUCCCAGGAAGGGUCUCCACAGAGGUGGACGCCAGGCUCUCCUAUGAUAAAGAUGAGAUGGUGGCAAGGGCCCUGAGGCUCAUUGCUUUGUAUGAAGAGGCUGGAAUUGGCAAGGAACGCAUUCUCAUUAAACUGUCCUCGACAUGGGAAGGCAUCCAGGCUGGCAGAGAGCUGGAGGAGAAGCAUGGGGUCCACUGCAACAUGACGCUGCUGUUCUCCUUCGCCCAGGCGGUGGCCUGCGCCGAGGCUAAAGUCACACUGAUCUCACCCUUCGUGGGCCGUAUUCUGGAUUGGCAUAAAGAAAACACAGAUCGUAAGAGCUACGAGCCCCAUGAGGACCCAGGAGUGGUCAGCGUGACCAAGAUCUACAACUACUAUAAAAAGUAUGGUUACAGCACAGUAGUUAUGGGUGCCUCCUUCAGGAACAUUGGUGAAGUGAAGGCCCUUGCUGGCUGUGACCUGCUGACCAUCUCACCUAGCCUGCUGGGAGAACUGACCCAGGACCAUGCUGUAGUAAAGCCAGCACUCACGCUGCAGAAUGCCAAGGCCUGUGAUGUAGAGAAGGUGCACCUGGAUGAGAAGGACUUCCGUUGGCAGCACAAUGAAGAUCGCAUGGCUGUGGAAAAGCUCUCAGAUGGCAUUCGCAAGUUUGCUGCUGAUGCCAUCAAGCUGGAAACCAUGAUCAAGGAGAAAAUGCUGAAUGUGAAAAAUGGCCAGUAGAGAACUGUCAGUAGCCUUGGGAUGGACUUCUACCACUUGGUGGGAAUCUAAGGGACCAAACUCCUAUCCUCCCCUUAAGCCCUUUUGAUGGGCCCCACUGAACAGAUGCCUCAUGCCCCUUUUAAGUAAUGCUGAGUUUGUAGAGUGAGGACAGCACUGAUUAAAUUAUCUGGAAGUAAGAAAAUAUAUGGUAGUUGCCCCUGGAGAUUUGAUCUGAAGGAAAGAACACUGUAGUCAGACUUGGCCCAGGCUUAGUGGCGACCUGUGUCAGGUCACUUCCAGAGGACCAAUUGCCUAUUUGGCAGGCUAGAACUGCCAUCUUUUGAGUUGUACACAAUGUUUUGCUUCUCAGGCCUGGAGGUUGAUCUAAGCCACACUAACAAUUAUGACAUUCCUUAAUAUCAUCAGAAUUAAAUAUUUUGUUCUGAAUCAAUUAAACUGUCUCCUUGUUGAGAA